GCGUUACCGUUUAGAAUAGAAGGAAUUUGUAUAAUAUUUAAACUGUUUUCCAGUAUUAAUCAUAACAUAAAGUGAAGUGCCUUUAUACAAAUGUAUUAGACCUUUUCAACUUGUUUUAUUAACAUUUGAUUAUAUUUAUGUAUUAAGAGCUUAAAUAGAAACCUUUUUUGUUUGUGUUUAAUCAAAAUGGACGCUUUUACAGAGAAUAUUCUUGCAAGAGCUAGAGAGAGACAAAAGCUUCUAGAGGAUUACAAUGGUGUUGAAAGAACACCUCUACAUGAGACAAAUGUACCAAUUUCAGAAACUAGAAAAAAUCAGAAAGAAUAUCUUUCUGAUUCGAACAUUCAUUCUCUUUCAACAAAUAUUGACUCUCAAUUAAAGGAAAAUAAGUCUGAGAGCAAUUUGAGUAGGUUUACUAAACAAAAUUCAAGAACUAGGGUCUCCUCUGAAAUGCCAGCUUCUCCAAAAAGUCAAAUGAAAACUUUAAACAUCCAACAAGAUAAUUUCAACAUGGAAAUUAAAGUAACUUCCACAGAAAAUGUGAGAGUAGAAGUUGAAAUUGCUGAGACUGAUGAUGAUAAUGAUACUGCUAGUGAUACGGGUAUGAGGACAGAAUCUAAAAGCAAGUUAAAACGUUUAGGACAAUUAUAUGGAGGUGGAGAUGAAGUAAACAUUUCUUCUCCAAUUCAUAGAACAGAAGCAAAAUUUUGUGCCAAUGAAAGCAUUGUAGAUGGUUGUGAAAAGCAAGAUAACAUUUCUAAAACUCCUAGGAAAGGUUUGAGUAAACUAGCACAUUUAGCUGAGACUAUCAAUCAAUGGGAAGAUGAUCUACAUCAUGUACAGAUUGAAAACAAAAAAUCUCCUAAAAAAAUAUGGAAGCCACAGGCGCCGCAACCCCCAAGCUUACCUUCCAACAAAAAUAGUCCUGUUAAGUCUUCUGGUAAACCAAAAGCUCCAGAACCACCAGUACUUAGGGAAGUUAGUUCUCCAAAAAAAGUAACACAUUCCAGUACUUCCUUCCAAGAAUGCACAACAAAACAAAACAGCCCUAAAAAGGAUACCAUACAAGUAGUUGGAGUGAUUGCAAAAAAUGUUAAUUGGGAUAAAAACGUUUUGGACAAAUUGGAAUCACAAGGUUUCACUAGAACAAACUCCAAAUCUCGUAUAGUAUAUUCAUAUAAUAAUUCACAGGACAAAAGCACAGACACUAAGGUUCAAGAAAAAGACAAGCAACUAAAAAUAGUUCAAGAAGAACCACUCAAAGAAAACAAAAUCAAACAAUUAACAAACGCUUUGGAAGCGAGAAUUGAAGCUGAAGCUGAGAAACCUGUUAGUCCUACAAAAACUAAAUCAAUCAGCUUUGUUAAACAGCCCACUAGUCCUGUAAAACAGCCACCAAGUCCUAUGAGGCAACCUACAAGUCCUGUCAAAAAUGUACAUUCAAGAUUGAAUAACAUAGCUGAGAUAGCAGCGGUGUUUGAAAAUAGUCCUACAAAAUCGACUAAGGAUCCUGCUUUAAUGUCUGUGUCUGAAAGAAAAGCUUUAUUUGAGAAAAACAAGGGCGAUGCUUUGGUACCAAAAGCAGCAUUUGGUAUGGCUCCCGCUGUAAAGGUGGAAACUGUAAUGAAAACUAGCAGCACCAAGAUUAUAAAUCCUGAUCCAACUUUGAAACCAUCAAACGUAAAUAAAGAAAAAGUAGUGGUGCAAAUAGAACCUGUAAGAUCCAGAUAUCAAAGUCCACCCAGAAGUUCAAAGAAGCCUCCAGCCCCCAAACCUCCAGUAGAAAGAGAUUCCCCUACUGUAGCUGCCGUUCAACAAGCAGGUGGUAUAGCCAGUAAGAUGGCGGCACUCUUAGAAAACAAGGUGACCAUUUCCCAAUGUCAGAUCGAGAACAGCACUAAGAGCGAAAGGCAGAAAGAGAUGGAUAUGUUGUUGAACAGAUUUAAUAGGAAUAAGGACAUAGCGACUGAUGUCAUUGAAGAAGCAUCAGAUGAGGAUGAUGAGACUGAUGCCACGGAAGAGUCUGCUAUGAUAAAUUCAAAAUCUGCCAAAAUAGUGAUGUCUGAUAAUGAUAGAAGGAGGUCUGGAGAAAAAAGGAAGAGUGGUGGAAAGCCUUACAGUAAGGGAGACAGUCCUAUUGUAGCGGCCGUACUAGAUGAUGUAAAACGCAUCAAAGUCACCGGACCUAAAGAGGGCAGAUUGUAUCCGAAUCUUUCCGAUAUCGAAGCGACUACAGAAACUGAGACCAGGACACCUUCGCCCGACGAAGACAACAACAGCAGUUUUGAUAGCAGUAUCGAUUCGGAUGAUCCUAACACUAGUUUUGGGCGCGAUAUAUUACAAGCGGUAUGUAAGAAUCAAACUCCACAAAAAAGGCCAAUAUAUGAUGAAAGUACAGCCAGCGAUAUUUCUAGUAUCCUAGAUGAUAUGGAUAAUUAUUUAGAUGAACUGAGCAACGAGGAUAAUGCCAGUGUUGGUCCAACUCCUCCGAAACAAGUUCGUCAAGUAACCCCACAAAAAAAUGCAGCGCAAGCAUCCAAUUCUUUUCACUAUAAAAACUAUUCACCGAGAGUAGAUACGCCUAAAAAACCUAAGGACUCUCCUGACAAAAGUUUGCCAGAAUUCAUCAUUGAAGGUGAUAAUAUUUUACCCUUGACACAUACAGUUAGUUUUUACAGGAAGCAGCAGAAUCUGGCCCAAUCACCUGCACGUCAAAUAUCGAGACAACCCAUUCUAGAAGAAGCACCACAAGAUAAUAAAGAUGAAUGCCUACUUGUCAAUGGAAAAAUAAAAGAAUUACAAGACGAGGUCCAUAGGCAACAAAAUAUAAUCUCACAGACGAGCCAAGCUUUGAAUUUGUGCAGUUGUACUCCAGAAUUUUCCGGGUCAACAGAACAAGUCGAGGCUGAGAGGGUUCUACUUGUUGCAACACACAGACGACAAUCAGCCUUACACGAAAUACAAAGGUUAAAAGUUGAGGGUACCAUCAGACCACAAGGUCAACACUCUAAAAACGUGCCUUUAGAAAAAGGAACAUUAACCAUUUCCAACAUUGUGCUACCCUUGAAAAGUAAAUACGUCAAAGCUUUGGCGGCUGCUGGCGGCAAAGGACAUCACAUAGUAUGUCUGAUAAAAUGCGGUGACCAAGUUGUACCUGCAAAACUGACCUCGACAGUCAUUCACAGCGCUAAAAAUCCCGAUACGGAUCUAAUAAUUCCUGGAAACGUUGUAUUGCAUAACAUAUACAGUGACUUUACAAUAACGUUUGAAGUUUACUGUCUGCAAGCUCAAGAAGAAUUUUUACCACACGAGGUCAAAUACCAUAUUAACAAUAAGAAGUCUGGGAAUAAAUUGGUAACACCCAAAAAAUCUAAACAGGACUCCAGAAUGGUGAUGCCUAUAAAGGAAUCACCAGCUGGUCCUCAGGCUGUAAGGACCUCUUCAUUUGCUCUGAUGGGAUACGCUGUUUUCUCAGUCCAAGCCGUAAAUAAGAGAAUUUGGAAUCUAAAUAAUACCCCAGCCAUGAGUCCAUUGGAAGGUACAGUUGAAAUGAAGAUUUGUUGUGAACUAGCUGUUUCAGUCGAACAUCGAGGUUUUUUGACAAUGUUCGAAGACGUAUCUGGAUUUGGGGCAUGGCACAGACGUUGGUGUUUGCUCAAGGGUCACACAGUGAGCUACUGGAAGUACCCAGACGAUGAAAGGAAAAUGGCUCCCAUCAACUCGAUAGACCUUAAAAAUUGUAUUACAAAUGAAGUCAAACCAGUUAACAGGGAAAUUUGCGCCAGGCAACAUACUUUCUUGCUGGAAAUGGAAAGACAUGCUUACUCAACGGAUAAAGAUAGUUUGAUUACUAUCUGCAAAGGAGAUAAAACUAUCAUAAGGCAUUUACUGUCAGCUGACACAAAACCAGAAAGAGUACAAUGGUGUACGAAAUUUAACGCUGCCUUGACUGCAUUACGAAUGUGGGGAAACACGCAGCAAUAGAUAUUCUUAAACUGUUUGUUAGUUUUUGGUUUUUUUAUCAUUCAAUACUUAAUAUUGUUUUUUAUAGAUUUUAAUAUCAUAUUUUAAGUAAUAUAACUGCGCGCUUUUUAUGUUUUUAUUUAACCAGAUUUAUUUGUAUAAAAAAAUAAAUAUUUACACAAAAAAUUUUAACAAUUGUUUUAAGCUAAACCUAUUUCCUUUUCAUACUCUUCAUCAGAUAUUUUCUUUUUCUUCAGUUUCUUUAGUAAUGCUACAUCUUUUUUCAGUUCUUCCAGGUCUUCUUCACUUAUACCUAAAUCAAAUUGAGUCAAUACAACUUUUAAAUUAUCAAAGAGUAAGAAUAAAAAAAGACAGUCCUUAGAUGAUCUUAAUACAGUUAUGCUUUCUUUACGUGGUAACUAGUAUUUUCGACCAAGGCUGAAUUGAAAAAUUUGAUAGUAAACGAAGUGGAAUGUGAUUCAUUUAUAAAAAUGGUCCUAUAGAUACAAUUACAAUCCCUCAAACAUUCGGUAAGCAGGUAAAUAGCAUAAAAUCUGGAAUAAUAUUUCAUUUAUGCAGACUUUGUCGUUUCAAUCAUUUGAGACAGGUAUGACAAGGAUGAUGUUUCUAAGGACACCGGUGUAGUGCUACAAAAUAUCAACAAAAUGAAUAACUCAAAAUAUUUUUUUGUAAUAUAGCUCCAAACUUUAUUGUGAAAACUAUUGAAUUUUUAUAGUUGUAUAUUAUUUAUGUUCAAUUAGGGGAUGUUCUUUUUAAUAAUUUUGUGAGGUUUUCCAAUACAUCAAAAUCCGUAUUCAUCAUGAAAUACAAUAACAUAUAUAGGAAUCAAUGUAAGCAACAUUAAUACUGUCCGUAUUUAUAAACAGAACUCACCUGAGUUGGACUUCAGUAAGUCAUCCUUGAACUAAAAUCGAAGUUUGGUUACAAUGUCUCUAAAGUUCCAGGUGGUUCCGGUGUUACACUCGAAUUUAGAAAUGGAUAUUAGCAAAUCUGUAACUGUUAUGUACAUUUACGGAUUUGUUACUACCCAUCUCUAAAUUCACAAGAUACUUUGAUUUUAGUUCAAGGACAACUUACCCAAGUCCGACUCAGCUGAGUUUUGUUUAUAAAUACGGACCUAAUUAAAAGUAAUAUUUUUAAAACAUGUAAGUAGGUCUCAUCUUGGAAAUCUUUGGUAAAAUUGUAUACUUACGUUUUCUUUUCUUCUUUUUUAUUUCUCCCAGUGCCGCCAAUUUUGCUUUUUUCUCUUUCCUUUUCUGGCGUUUGCCUUUUUUUUCUUCUUUUUUAAGUUUCGUUAGCGACCAUGAUUCUGUGGGUUUCUUGAUGAACUUUUGUUUGCGUCCUGGCCAUUUGCCUAGAAAACAUUUAAUUGUA